AUGAAGCGAAUGCUUCUGAAACGAGAGCUCGUCUCCAUGGGAGAAGUUAUUGGUGAAGGAGCAAUGGGCGAAGUGUACAGCGGUACUUAUCAAAACGUAAAAGUGGCUAUUAAGAAGAGCAAGCAUACAGCUGACUUCGGCUUAGUGCUGAAGGAACUCACCGCACACUGCCAGCUCGACCAUCAAUACGUCUUGAAAUUCAUCGGCGUCAUAAAGACUGCUCCUUCAUACUCUCUCGUACUAGAAUAUGCUGAGCAGGGAGAUCUAAAAUCCUAUCUCAAGACUCACACGGUUCCAUUGAGUGUGAAAUCCAAGAUAUGUCAUGACAUUGCGCUUGGUCUUACUUAUUGUCACGAACAGAACAUUGUGCACUUUGAUCUAAAAACAGAGAAUAUUCUGUUAACAGACAAUUUGACGCCAAAAAUAUCAGACUUUGGUGUUAGCUCUAGUAAGAUGGAAUUAGGGUUGCGUGGUAAUAAAGCAGGGGGGACCAUCGCUUGGGUUGCCCCCGAAAGGGUGGUUAAGAAUGAGACUAUGCGGAAUCUUUUCAAAGAAUUCCCUAAACUGUCAGAUAUUUACUCCUUUGGAUUAAUUAUGUGGUCAGUUGCCCUUAAUGGUAAAUGUCCAUAUGCAAACGAAACGGCUGAGGCUAUCCGUAAAGAGAAAAGUCGUAAGGAUCAUGCUAGUAGGCUUCUGGAACAACUUCCAAGGGAAAUUCACACCACCUAUAAAGAACAAAUCGAAAAUCUACUCGAAUAUGAACCGAGAGAUAGAGGAAACUUAUGGAUCACCCGCUUAGGACUUGAAGAGCUUGGAAGUGGAAGAAGCACGUUGGUAAAUCUUCAAGCUAGUGAGAAAAACAGUACAACAAAAGUCACAUCGAAUGAUAUUGAAGUAAAACGGUCCGUUUUAGCAGAAAAUAAGAGCAAAGCAAGCCCCGAAAAGAGUAUAGUGCAAAGUACUAAUACGACUGCUCCAGAAGAAUGGUCGUCUGAUAAGCUUAUUACACUGGUGGAGGGUAAUUACAUCAAUGGAUUUAUAAAGUCCAAGGCAGCAAUCAAUGUAUGCCUCAAGAAAUACGAAGUUAAUCCAGGCGAUAUUUUUGCAGAGUUUCAGUAUUUAGCUCGAAAGUCCUCCAGACAUAAAUUCAUAGUUGGCUGGUUCCACGAGAUUGGACUAGGAACAGAGAGAGACAAUACGAAAGCUUUCGAGUGUUAUAAAGAAGCCGCUGAAAAGGGUAAUACGCAUGCCGCAUAUAAAUUAGGUUUAUGUUACUAUAACGACGGUAAUUGGGAUGCCGCACGUGGAUGGUUGUCGAAAGCCUCGUCAGCUGGACACCUAAAAGCCAAGGAAAAAAUUCACGAUUAUUUUAAAUUACUGCCCACGUCCGUCAUUGUUGGCUGA